AUGACCCUAAUGAUGCUCUGGUCUGGACAGGCGAAGGGAGUCCUGGGAAGCUGGGGGAUCAUCUGCUUGGUGAUAUCUCUGCUCCUCCAGCAGCCAGGAGUCCACAGCAAGUGCUACUUUCAAGCUCAAGCCCCCUGCCACUAUGAAGGGAAAUAUUUUACCCUCGGUGAGUCUUGGCUCCGCAAGGACUGUUUCCAUUGUACCUGUCUGCAUCCCGUCGGUGUGGGCUGCUGUGACACGUCUCAGCAUCCCAUCGACUUCCCCGCGGGGUGUGAGGUACGUCAGGAGGCAGGAACCUGUCAAUUCUCCCUGGUGCAAAAAUCUGACCCUCGGCUGCCCUGCAAAGGGGGAGGGCCUGACCCUGAAUGGGGCUCAGCCAACACCCCUGCCCCUGGGGCCCCUGCUCCCCACUCCAACUAAACUCAACCGAUCACCCUUCCGCUAACUGCCCACUGCUGCUGCCACUUCCAGGGAAACCACUAGCAGCUGCCAAUUUAUUCUGAAUAAAUAAAUUAAUGCUACAGCUAAAA